UUGUAUUGGUGCCCGUACGCGGUGCCGGUGCCGGUGCGUGGGGCUGCGCCGGUGCCGCUACGCGGGGCGGGGACCUGCGGUGCCGUAGCCGGUGCGUGGGGCGGAGCCGUGCGGUGCCGGUGCCGCUACACGGGGCUGUGCCGGUGCCGGUACGCGGGGCGGAGUCGUGUUGUAUUGGUGCCCAUACGCGGUGCCGGUGCGCGGGGCUGUGCCGGUGCCGCUACGCGGGGCGGGGACCUGCGGUGCCGUAGCCGGUGCGUGGGGCGGAGCGGUGCCGGUGCCGCUACACGGGGCGGUGCCGUGUUGUGCCGGUGCCGCUACGCGGGGCGGUGCCGGUGCCGUGCGGUGCCGUAGCCAGUGCGCGGGGCGCCGCGCCCCCAUGAGCCGGUGAGGCGGCGGCGGUGCGGGAGGGAUGGCGGCGGGCGGCGGCGGCGGGGGGCGGCCGCCGGGCUCCGACCCCGCGCUGGAGCCCUACGUGCAGACCCGCAUCUUCAAAAUCAUCGUGAUCGGAGACUCCAACGUGGGCAAGACGUGCCUGACCUUCCGCUUCUGCGGGGGCACCUUCCCCGGCAAGACUGAGGCCACCAUCGGCGUGGACUUCCGCGAGAAGACGGUGGAGAUCGAGGGGGAGCGCAUCAAGGUGCAGGUGUGGGACACGGCCGGCCAGGAGAGGUUUCGGAAGAGCAUGGUGGAGCACUACUACCGCAACGUGCACGCCGUGGUCUUCGUGUACGACGUGACGAAGAUGAGCUCCUUCACCAACCUCAAGACGUGGAUUGAGGAGUGCAACGGGCACGCGGUGUCCCCGCUCGUCCCCAGGGUGCUCGUGGGGAACAAGUGUGACUUGAAGGACCUGAUCCAGGUGCCGUCCAGCCUGGCCCUCAAGUUCGCCGACGCUCACAACAUGCUUUUGUUUGAGACCUCGGCCAAGGACCCGCAGGAGAGCCAGAACGUGGACGCCAUUUUCAUGUGCCUGGCCUGCCGGCUGAAGGCGCAGCGCUCGCUGCCCUGCCGCGACACCGAGGGCUGGCCGGGGCAGCCCCAGCCGCAGUCCCGCCGGCUGGACGAGGCCAGCGGGAAAGGCUCCUGCCCGUGCUGAGCGGGACCCGGCCCGGACCCCAAUAAAGGCUCUGAGCCCCCUGC